AUGCACUAUUUCUUCUUCACUUUUUUAUUCUCAGAUGUAUUUUCCUUCAUUCUUUGCUUUUUUCAUUCUUUUUCUUCAUCUGUUUCCCUUCAUUGUCUUCUUUUUUUAUUCUUCUGCUGUAUUUUCCUUUAUUCUUUUCAUUUUCUUUUUCUUCAUCUGUUUCCUUUCAUUUUCUUCUAUUUCUUCUUCUGUUGCAUUUUCCUUCUUUGUUUGCAUUUCUUCUUUUUCUUUAUCUGUUUCCAUGCAUUGUCUUCUUUUAUUCUUCGACUGUAUUUUCUUUCAUUCUUUACUUUUCUUCUUCUUCUUCGUCUGUUCCCCUUUCUUUUUUUGUUUUCUUCUUUUUCUACUUCAGCUGUAUUUACAUUCAUUAUUUGCUUUUCUUUUCUGUUUCUUUCAUCUAUUUCUGUACAUUGUCUUCUUUUCUUCUUCUACUGUACUUUCUUUCAUUAUUUGCUUUUCUUCUUCAUCUGUUUCCCUCAAUUUUCUUCUAUUUCUUCUUCAGUUGUAUUUUCCUUCAUUUUUUUGCUUUUCUUUUGUUCAUCUUUUUCACUUCAUUGUCUUCUUUUCUUCUUCUGCUGUAUUUUCCUUCAUUCUUUAAUUUUCUUUUCUUCAUCUGUUUUCCUUCACUGUCUUCUUUUUUUCACUUGUAUUUUCCUUCAUUAUUUGCUUUACUUUUUUUCUUCUUCAUCUGUUUCUCCUUCAUUUUCUUUUUCUCUUUCAUCUGCAUUUUCUUUCAUUAUUUGCUUUUCCUUUUUCUUCAUUUGUUUCCCUUCAUUUUCUUCUUCAGAUGUAUUUUCCCUCAUUUUUUUUGCUUUUCUUCUUUUUUUCAUGUUUCCCUUUAUUUUCUUCUUUUUCUUCUACAGCUAUAUUUUCUUUCAUUCUUUUGUUUUUUUUCUUCAUCUGUUUCUCCUUCAUUUUCUUCUCUUUGAUUUUAUUAUUUUUUUUUCUUCUUCCUGGCCUAUUAGCCUCUCACAUAUUUCUCCUUCCCUUUGCUCUUUUAAUUUAUUUUCCCUUCUGUGCCAUACUUUUUUUGUUCUUCCUUGUCUUUCAUUUUUUUCUUAUUGA